AGCCUAAAUAAAUUCGAAUUUUGUCAUGAAGUACUGGCCUUAUUUGAACAUCAAAGCAUGUAAUAAACAGAAUAUUCCUUGAUCUUCACAAAUUAGCAUAAAAUAAAAAGAAAAUGUGUUUGUUUGCAGUGUGAUAUCGGAAUAUAUCAUCACCGAUAAGGGAGACAAUUCUGAUAUUUUCAGGCUCAGGCCCAACCUUCGUGAAAAUAUUCAGUUGUGUCCCUUAUCGCUGAAUCACACUGCAAACAAACAAAUAUCUUUUAUGUAUUACAUGAUGCCAAACUACUUUCAUUUAAUAUGUACAGUUCUAUAAAUAGCAACUACACUUAGUUCUCUUUUAACAUCGAGUAACUGAUUUCAUUCAUAUCAUUAUAACAGUAGAUAUAUCAGAGAUUUCGUAUUCUUCUCACGGGGAUUUUGCCAGGUGUAAGAUUUCACCUUAUCUACUACUACGCAUGUAAUAACCCUAUUAUAUUUUCGUUACAGGCAUGUGCCAUGGAGAGUCAUGCAAUUCAAUCGCUGAUUGUCACUCCACUAACUGCAAGGACUUCCACCAUGAUGGAUGGACACUUGUCUGUAAAAACCAUGCUUGUCAAUGCAUUGAAUCAAAUGCUUGUGAUUCACACCCUUGUCUACAUAGCGGUGCAUGCCACCCACAUGGCACGUGGUUCACGUGUCAUUGUGCCUAUGGUUUUACAGGGCCAACUUGUGAUGUCAACAACCACUGCCACCAUAAUCCGUGCAGAAACAACGGCACGUGUAGCUUGAGUACUCAUCAUCCAUAUUACACGUGCACUUGUCCCACUGGAUAUAAUGGAAGAGUUUGCGAACAUCAGAUCACAGCCUGUGACUCGAGACCAUGUUUACACGGUACAUGUAAACCGGCAAGCACGGCUGAUGGUUACACAUGUCAUUGUUAUUCCGGUUUCUCCGGAGACAGAUGCCAAGUGAAUUCCCAUUGUGACCACAAUCCGUGUUACAACCAUGGAACAUGCUAUACAGCACAGCGUUCACCAUAUUUCAGUUGUUCGUGCCGCAGUGGUUUUCAUGGGUCGCGUUGUCAAUACACGGAUGCCACUACCACAGCAGUACCAGCGACAACAACAAUUUGUAAUGCACAUUCGUGCUAUAAUCACGGUCUUUGCAAACCUGCCAGCAACAAUGUAGACUAUACAUGCAUUUGUCCAAACGGGUUCGCCGGCUUGAGAUGCGCAACAAACACGCACUGCAACAGCAACCCAUGCCUGAAUAGCGGAUCAUGUCACAUAAAGUCGUAUUAUCCAUACUACUUUUGUAACUGUCCAACUGGAUACCAUGGAGCACGUUGUGAAUAUGCGCCAACGACAGCGGCAUCCACUUGUCACAGUAACUCAUGUUAUAACCAUGGUCUGUGCAAACCCGCCAACAACAGUUUAGGUUAUACUUGCAACUGUCCGCAUGGUUAUUCUGGAAACAGAUGUGAGAAGAAUACAUUUUGUGAGAGUAGCCCGUGUAGAAAUAACGGCGUGUGCCAUACACACUACCAGCGACCACACUACAAAUGUACUUGCCCACAUGGAUAUUAUGGGUCUAGCUGUGAAUACAUAGACGAAUGCGCUAAUAAUCCAUGUCAGCAUGGUUAUGUGUGCGAACGCUUACGUUCGAGUCACAUCUGUAAAUGUUUAACGAGUCACUGCGAACCCAUCAGUCAGCUGCAUGUGGAUUAUUGUGCGAGUAACCCGUGCCACAAUUAUGGAAGAUGUUGGAACACUACGAGAGCGCCUUAUUUCAAAUGUGUCUGUCGCCAUGGAUUUUCCGGCGCAACGUGUGAAGUAAAUGAGAACUGCAGACUUGACCAUUGUCGGAAUAAUGGAACAUGUUUGACGUCCAAUCGCUACCCAUAUUAUACAUGUUGGUGCAAAAAUGGAUUUUAUGGUCCAUUCUGCCAACAUUUUGAUCACUGCACGUCAUCACCAUGUCCUGCCGGUACAACGUGUCGAACUAUUACAUAUGGCAAAGGCUAUGUUUGUAAAUGUACAACUGGCCAAACCAACUGUCAAACGGAAAACAAAUGCCACCCAGUGCCAUGUCAGAACAAUGGACUGUGCCAUUCUACUGUCACUGCACCAUACUAUGCGUGUACAUGUCCACCCGGAUACUCAGGCGAACACUGCGAAAGUCAUGAAUGUGAUAAAAAUUCCUGUAAUCAUGGAACCUGUCAAGCAACCUCAACAUCUCCUUAUUUCAAAUGCCACUGUAACACAGGCUACCAUGGACCCUUGUGUUUAGUUCCAAGUUGCCCAGUAAAUAGAUGCCGUCACGGAGGAAUUUGCAGACCGCUCGUGCAUUCCCCUUUCUAUACCUGCCAAUGCAUGCCUGGUUUUAGCGGAAGCAGAUGCCAAAUAAACGACCACACAACAACAACAACUACCACAACAACAACUACAACUAAACCAACAACAAAAACAACAACAACACAUAAACCCAUGGAUACCACAACAAGAAGACCCACGACUGUCUGGUAUAAUAUCAAAACAACAACGAAACGUUCAACUCCUACAGGUCCUACGUGCUUGGCUUGCAAUGAGGUUGUGUCGCCAAAUGCAUGUGAAAUUAUCAGAAAUUGUGGAGUCCAUGAGGGUUGCUAUGUUGAUCAGUUUGUAACCAGCAUUGGGAGCUUCAGGUACAAUCUCGGAUGUCGUGACAAACUACAAUGUCAGGGCAUGCGAACGAGACGUUCACAGAAAAGUGCUGGCGCUACCACGACAUCCGAUUCCGGUACACUUUAUACAUGCACAGAGUGCUGCAAUUCCAGUUUGUGUAACAGCGGAGGCUGUGGGGAACAAGGUUUUCCAGCCAGCGGAUCUGGACAAAGGGGGCCUGUAUGCUUUAACUGUGACCAACAAAAUAGUCCCGAUGACUGCAAUAAAAUCAAGAUAUGUGGACGGGACGAGAUGUGCAUGGUGAAUACGACAUCCGUUGGGACGACACAGCAGACGUUGUGGAGGUCCGACUGUCUUUCUACAUCGACUUGUCAGCAUAACAACGGAUUAAGUUCUGCAACAGGAAAUGGUGGCUGCCAGAACAAUUGCUGUUCUGAUGACCUAUGUAAUAAUGCAUGUUAAUGUUGAGAUUACAAAAUGUAUCAUCUAUGCAUGGAACGAAUCCGUACAUUCGGAAUAAACUGUAGAUACAAUAUAAUUAUUA